AUGGCCGAACACGGUGAGAAGCGCAGCGACAUCGCGAAUGUCCAUGAGGAGCCUCGCGGCGGCAUCAUCGGUGAGAAAGAGGUCGAUGCUGCCGUUGCUGCAGCUGAUGAUGAGCGUGCCGAGCAUGACCUCAAUGUCACCGAGGACGACUUGCUCGAGGCCAAGGAGCUCGCUGCCACGUUUUCUCUUGAGGGCACCCGCGAUCUCAUGACCCAGGUGUACAAGCUCCACCGCCGUGACCCCAACUUUCCUCAAACUAUCCUGGAGCGAAUCGAAGAGUUUCUGCAAAAUGACAACGUGUUUGACAACCCUGAGAAGCACGAGCAGCUGAUUGCCGAGAUGAAGAUUGAGGCGGCACUCAUUACUAAUAACUCGCCGUAUGCCGAGGUGCGCGCUGUCGUAAGCAACCGCGACGACCCUACCAUGCCAUGCUCGACGAUUCGCGCCUGGGUCAUUGGAAUCUUCUUCUCCAUCGCCAUUGCCUUCAUCAACGGCUUCUUUGAGAUUCGCCAACCGGCCAUUUACGUCACUGCCAACGUGCCCCAGCUUCUCGCAUACCCAGUAGGCAAGCUGUGGGAGAAGGUCCUCCCAGACGUCGGCUUCACACUUUUUGGCGUCCGACACAGCCUGAACCCUGGCCCGUUCAAUCGCAAGGAGCAUAUGCUCAUUACCAUCAUGGCCGCCAUCUCCAAGUCCUCGCCCUACACAAACUACGUCAUCUUUAUUCAGUACCUACCAAACUUCUUCAACCAGAGCUGGGCCCUUAGCUUUGGCUACCAGAUCCUCAUCGCUCUAUCCACCAACUUCAUCGGCUAUAGUCUAGCGGGCAUCUGCCGGCGGUUCCUUGUGUAUCCUUCUUAUUGCGUCUGGCCGCAGUCCCUCGUCACCAUCGCGCUUAACUCGGCCUUCCACGCGGACACGAACCCGGCCGUGCCGGGACCGUUCGGGACAUUUUGGCGCAUGAGCCGCCUCAAGUUCUUCGUGUUUGCCUUCGCCGCCAUGUUCGUGUGGUUUUGGUUCCCCAAUUACAUCUUCCAGGGUCUCGCGCUCUUUACCUGGAUGGCCUGGAUCGCGCCCAAUAACGCCAAGUUGGCCGUCAUCACCGGCGCCAGUGGCCUAGGCCUCAACCCUCUGCCAACCUUUGACUGGAACAUCGUCACAUUCAUGACGGAUCCGCUCAUGCUACCCUUUUUCAGCGCCGCCAACAACUUCGCGGGCAUGGCCAUCACAUUGCCUGUCGUCGCCGCCAUGUAUUAUGGUAAUGCCUGGGGCGGCGCGUAUCUGCCCAUCAACUCAAACAAACCCUACGAUCGCUUCGCCAAGCGCUACAAUGUUACUCGUAUCCUUGACGACCGUGGUAUUAUGGAUAUCGAAAAGUACAAGGCUUACUCGCCGCCGUAUCUCUCAUCUGCCAACACGCUCAUCUACAUGAUGUUCUUUGGCGCCUAUAGCGCCGUCGUCACCUACGCCAUCCUCUUCCACCGCAUCGAGAUCAUGAUGGGCUUCCGCGACCUCAUCAACAGCUUCCGCCCCUCGAAGAAGCAGGAGAUCGAGGAGGGUCGAGUGCUUGAUGUCCAUAACCGCCUAAUGAAGGCAUACAAGGAGGUUCCUGAAUGGUGGUACUUUUGCACUCUCGUCUUUGCCGUGGCCAUUGGUUGCACUGCCAUCGCUGUGUAUCCUACGCAUACCUCGGUUGGCGUCGUGUUCUACGGCGUCCUCCUGUGCCUCAUCUUUGUCGUCCCUGUCGGCAUUGUCUACGCUAUGACAGGCGUCGAAGUCACCCUCAACGUCCUCGCUCAGUUUAUCGGUGGCUCCUUCGUCGAGGGCAACGCUCUAGCCAUGUGCUUCUUCAAGACGUACGGCUACGUCACCUGCGCCCACGCCUUGGCUUUCAGCAAUGACUUGAAGAUGGCUCAUUACGUCAAGAUCCCCCCUCGCUUCACUUUCUUCGCGCAAAUGGUGCCUAGCCUCAUCACCACUUUUGUCUACGUUGGCAUUGUUCAAUUCCAAGUCAACCUCAAAGACGUCUGCACCGCCAACGCUCCCUUCCGCUUCACCUGUCCUGGCAUCAACACCUUCUUUACCGCCGCUGUGAUGUGGGGUACUGUUGGUCCCAAGCGUCUCUGGGGUGUUGGUGGCACUUACACUGUCACCCUGCUCGGCUUCCCUCUUGGCGUUGCUAUUGUGCUGGCAUUCUGGGUGGCCGGCAGGAAGUGGCCUAAGAGUGCCUUCAUCCGCAACAUCCACCCUGUUGUGAUAAUGACAGGUGGUCUGCACUGGGCGCCCUACAACCUCUCCUACAUGUGGCCAGCCGUUCCAGUCGCUGCCUUUUCUUGGCUCUAUGUCCGUAAGCGCUUCCUCGGCUUCUGGUCUAAGUACAACUUUGUGCUUUCAGCUGCCUUUUCUGCCGGUAUCGCCAUCUCCGGCCUAAUUCAGUUCUUUGGGCUGGCGUACAACAACAUCGAGUUUAACUGGUGGGGGAACAGCGUCGUCGGCUCUGGCUGUGACGAUGGCGUCUCGUGUCCUCUCAUGAAGCUGGCCCCGGGCGAAUACUUUGGACCCGGGCUGGGGGAAUUCUAG